AUGGCAUCGCUGCAGCCUCCAGUAAGAACAGCCCUAUCCUGUACCUUUUGUCGUCAGAAAAAACUGCGAUGUGAUCGCCUUCAACCGUGUAGCAGCUGUGUCAAGCGUGGUCUGGACUGCGUCUACACGGGGUCAGCUUCGGCUGCUUCGCGUCGCAAUCCUCCCUCGUCAGCGCGGCACUUGAGUCAACGCAUUCGGCAACUCGAGGAGCUCGUAACGGUCCUGCAGAAGGGUGGGGGCUCAGGCCAUUCGGGCAGCCCCCUGCACACGGCGCAGGAGAGGCAGUUUGACGAUGCAGAUGGGCAAGAUGCAAUCACCAACUCAUUGGGAAGUAUGCGCGUGGAUCCGACGGGUAUGAGCUAUGUUUCAGGUGCGCACUGGGCCGCACUUCAGGAUAGUAUCGCUGAGAUCAAAGAGUGUGUUGACUCUGAGUCACCCUUCACUACGCCUGCUGCAGAGUCCGGCCAGCAAGAGUCCGCGUUGCUACUGGGACUGUCACCACCGGGUGGAAUGGAGGAGAUCCUGGCUCAUAUUCCAGCACGACCCAUUGUUGACCGGUUAGUGUCGCGAUUCUUCAGUUCGAUGGAACCUGGUGUUUUAAUCAUCCACGCCCCUACCUUCCAGCAAGAGUACGACCACUUCUGGACUGACCCCCAAUCCAUCAGCCCCACAUGGCUCAGCAUCCUCUUUAGCAUAAUGAACCUCGCCAUCCACCUGCACCAGCGCACCGAAGGCCCCAUCACCCCGGACCCCAUUGACAACAACAACAACAACAUCACCACCCCCGAGACCCAAUGCGAGACCUUCCGCCUGCAAGCAGCCUACUGCUUGCUGGCGGCCAAAUACACCACCCCGACCAAAUACACCCUCGAAGCGCUCUCCCUAUACACCCAAACCGAGUACUUCCGCAGCAAAGACGCCCAACACGAAGUCUGGCUCCUGAUGGGGAUGACCAUCCGCCUCGCGAUGCGGGCCGGGCUCCACCGCGACGGGGCGGGGUACUCCCCAGAACUCUCCUGCUUCGAGGCCGAGAUGCGCCGGCGCCUGUGGUCGCUGAUGGCGCAGCUCGACGCGCUGUUCUCGUUCCAGAUCGGCCUGCCGCGCAUGAUCGCCAGCGGGGUGGCCGACACCCGGCCGCCGCACAACCUGCUGGACGAGGACUUCGGUCCAGCGUCCACCAGUCUCCCGCCGCCCCGUGCGGAGACCGAGUUCACGCCGGUCCUGUAUCUCAUCGCCAAGAGCCGGCUGGCGGAGGUGUUCGGCCGCAUCGCGGAUCACGUUGCCUCGACGGGCCCGACGGCGCCCACGCAGGUCGUUCAGCUCGACCAGCAGCUCAACGCCGCCUACGCGGGCACGCCGGCAGUCCUGAAGUUCCGCGAGGUCGGCGCCUCGGUCACGGAGCUGCCGCAUCUCGUGAUGCUGCGCUAUAAUCUCGAGAUCCUGUACCAAAAGUCGCGGUGUAUCCUCCACCGGCGAGGACUUGGUGAAGGUCGCUCGGAUCCACGAGGCGCCGCGUCGAGAGCGGUGUGUCUGGACGCCGCGAUGCGGUUGCUGCGGCAUCAGGCGACGAUCGACGCGCAGGUCCAGCCGGGCGGGGUGCUGAGUCGGUGUCGCUGGUUCGUGACCUCGUUGACGACCCAUGAUUUCAUCUUCGCUGCCAUGGUGGUGUGUUUCGAGCUGCAUUUGCGGAGGCGCGAUGGUGGCGGGGACACACACGUUUACAAUCCGGGGACUGAGGCGCUGCUGCUCGCGUUACGCACUUCGCAGAGGAUCCUGACUCGGUAUCAGGGGGAGUCGGCGGAGGCGAGGCAGGCUUGGCUGGCGAUUAGCGUCAUGGUGCGGAAGGUGGAUGGCUCGGCCGAGGAUGCUGUGGCAGGGGGGGACGGCGGGGUUGGUUGUGCUGUGAGAUCUGGGGGCUCAGAUACGGUGAAAGAGCCAGACCAGGAUAAUGAGAUACCGGGAUGUCCGGUAGACCAGUUCCGCGAUAUGUCGGCGCUGGGUAUGCCCUCCAGUAUCGUCCCUUCGCUUGAGGAGUUCGAUUUCACUCAACUGCCGAGCGACCUGGUCAAUAUGUGGGAUUUUUCGGGAGAUACACAUUGGGUGUUUGGGAAUAAUAAUUGAUAGUACCAGAAUAUGUCUUAUAGUUGGCAAUGUCUGAAUUCUGUAGCAAAGGAACUGACGUUCCGGUCAAUGAUAUACACCAAGAGAAACAACAUCAAGAUUAACAAUAUAAAGC